AUGUUGGAUGAAUGGAAAAAUACACAAAACUCUCUCAUGAACAAACUUGUCUCGGAUAUUGCAGAAAUAAAACAGCAAAAUAUACAGAUUCAGCACUCAAAUGAAGAAAUUGAAAAAGCUUUUGAUUUCCUUAAUAAUCAGUAUGAAGAUAUGAAGAAUAAGGUUGGUUGUCUUGAAAAUAAAGAAAAGCAACAUCUACUUCAGAUAGCCUCACUCGAAGCGCAAAUAGAAGAUAUGCAUAGAGCUCCAAAGUCAUGUACUAUAGAAAUAAGGAAUGUACCUAUACCUGCACAUUCGGAAACUAAAGCUGACUUGUGUAAUAUUGUCCAACAAACAUAUAAAGUUCUUAAUGUAAAUGUUCAGGAACCUACUAUUAAGGAUGUGUUUCGAUUGAAUAGUAAAACGGGAAAAACCACCAUCGUCACUGAAUUCUCAUCGGUUAUAGUGAAGAACAGUGUCAUUCGGGGAGCAAAAACGUUCAAUAAACAACAUCCUGAUCAGCGUCUCAAUAUUGCUAUGAUAGGAUUCAAAGAACAAACAAAACUUCUUUUAGCCAAAAGCAAGGUGGCGCCACUGAAACCAUUAUCCACAUCUAGGUUAGAACUCUGUGGUGCGCUAUUGGUGUCACGUUUAGCUAACAAGCGCAAAGUCAAUGAUUUGGAAUCGAGGUUGUCUGUUAUAGAGCAGGACUCGAGGCAAAAUAAUAUAGAAAUUCAUUGUCUACCAGAGUACAGACAAGAGAACUUAGUUAAAACUCUUAUGCAAAUCAGUAAAGUAGUUAGUUUUCCUCUUACAGAAACUGAUAUUGUUGCCUGUAAUAGAGUUCAAAAACAAAACCCAGCCUCAAAAGUACCCAAAACAGUUAUAUGCAGAUUUGUCAGUAAAUUAAAACGCGACAACUUACUUGCAGCUGUAUACAAAUAUAACAAGUCUCAUCCCAAAGCAAAAUUGAACACCAAACUUUUAGGCUUUGGUGAUGUUAAAUCAGCCGUCUACAUCAGUAAACAUCUCACCCAAGCUAAUAAAUCACUGCAUGCUGCAACGAGAAUCUGGGCAAAAGAGAAAAGUUACAAAUAUGUAUGGGUAAGAAAUGGAAGAAUUUUUGUUAGAAAAGACGAUGAAAAUCCAGCAAAAGUGAUAUUACAACAGUUUACCUUGAAAUCUUUAAAUUAG